AUGAGUUGCAUGCCAUUAAGUACAAUGGGUGAAGAAUAUGAGCAUAAGUAUUACUGGACAGUGAGAAAUGUUAUUUUCGAAAAACAAAAGAGGUCAGAUGAUGAUGAGAUAUUUAGGAAAGUAGAGAACAUUCUUGACUGUUUUCUCCCUGCUAGAUUCUUCUUCCAGCCUGAAAUGAGAAAGCAGGUUAUGUGA